AUGAUUUAUGUCUCUCUAAUGUUUACUAUUCGACGGAAACUGGCUACAGGUGAGACCGGUGAGGAAGGAGGAGGAGAGCGGGGCCUGGCGGCGUGCUGUAUCGCCGGAGCCGCCAUCCGAAGAGAUGAGUAUGUUCGUUCUCAUUCAUCGGCGGGGCGCGGGGCGGCGACUCGGCAAGACGUCGCGCGCCGCCCGACUCCCGACGAUAUCGAUUUUGUCCCACCCCCCGCGGCACCCCACGCGCCCGCUCUCAGCAUCCGACCUCGAGUGCUCUCCUCUCGCGCCUACGGACACCUCCGACAGAAACUACGCCUUAACGACAUGACGCCACAGCUCAAAAUGCCAACCGGCCGCCAGCGCGCCGCGUCGCGUCGCCGAGCCCUAAUGAACCCUGCGACCGAAAGUCACUCGGUCGAGAUUGCAACGGCCCCGCCGCGAUGCCCUCGUCCACGCCGGUGGAAAAAAUAA